UUGUCGAGUACUGUCGUAUCCACUAGUUAGUACCUAAUCAACUAAAUUGUAAGGAAUGGUUCCUAAUACAAUGCUACAAUAGCAACCAAGUUGAACACUCUAAGAUUGAUAACAUCGUUAAAUAAACUGACAAUUAAUUUGUAUAACUUUUUUUAUGUAAUCAUUAUCCUUAAUAGUUUUAUUUAAAAUAUUUGUUUUAUCAAUUUUUAAAUCAUGGAUUCACGAGAAAAUUGGAAAACUGUAUCUUUACUUGUUUGUGUAUUUGCUAUGAUUAGAGAAAUUCGACCAAUUAAACCGUUUAUUACCUCAUACCUGAAAAGUAUGAAUUUUUCAUUGAACCAGAUCAAUGAAGAGAUAUAUGCUGUGGGGACUUACUCGUGUCUAGUAUUAGCCAUUGUUAUAUUCUUAAUAACAGACUAUUUUCGGUACAAACCAUUGAUUAUUGCAGAUGGAAUUGCUGGAAUUAUUACAUACUUAUUAUUAUUAGGAACACCAAGUUUAUUCAGAGUUCAAAUAGGACAGAUUUUCUUUGGAUUUUUUUAUGCAUCAGAAGUUGCAUUCACCACAUAUUUGUAUGCCAAGGUCGACAACAAACAAUUAUAUCAAAAAAUCACCAGUUUAGUGAAAGCAUCUAUAUUAUUCGGCAGAUUCCUGUCUGGUUUAAUUGCACAAAUUAUUGUUUCCACUAAUCUAUUGGACCAGGAUUAUCUACUGUACAUUAGUAUUUUAAGUACUUCAUUUGUAACGAUUUGGGCAUUUUUUUUACCAAAAGUGAAACACAGUCUUUAUUUUCAUACAAAAAAGGAAUUUAGAGAAAACAUUCAGUUGCAUCAAUCUGAUAAUGAAGUUACCAUUCCUGAAAAUGCAGCAAAUAAUGUUCCUAAAACUUCAAAAUUAAUUAAAAUUACAAAAGUUAAGCAGAUGAUUUUUGAUGAUUUUAAAUCUGCAUACAAAAAUACUUAUGUAGUGAAAAAAUGUUUUUGGUGGAUAUUUGCAUUCGUUGGUCAUUUUAUAGUUGGAUUGUUUAUUCAAGUUUUAUGGGAGGAUGUUAACAAUAAUAAAAAAGAUCUGAUGAAUGGUGCUGCCGAAUCUAUACACACUCUUUGUGGUGCAGCAGGUGCAUACUCAGUUGGUCACCUGCACUAUGAUUGGAAAAAAUUUGAUGAUAUUAUAUUUACCAUUGGAACAUUUGUUUUGGCUUUAUUAUUAUUCAUUUUAUAUUCUUGCAAUACGUUAUGGAUAUUAUAUCUAGUAUACAUAAUAUUUGGUACUUGUUUCCAAGUAUUGUUAACUAUCACUACCUCUGAAGUUGCAAAAUAUAUAAAACCGGACAGUUAUGGACUAAUAUUUGGUUUUAAUAUGUUCAUGUCAUUGUCGAUUAUCUCAAUAUAUACAUUAUUAUUUAUCCAAGGCUUUAUUGUUGCAAUAGGGACAACAAGUCAAAUAUUUUCAGUUUCUAUGAUGUUUGCUUCGAUGUCUGCAUUGUUAUUUAUCGUGGCUGUUUGGAAAUUCACCAAUUCUGGGAAAUAACGAAGAAUGCUGUAUUUAAAAAAAACAUUUACCUGUAAAUUGUAAUAUUAAAUAUUUAAUUAUUAUUCACAAGUCAUCACUUUCUCCUAUAUACCUCAAUAAUCAGACCACUUCUAACGUAUGCCUGCCCUGUUUGGGCGACAGCCUCGCCCACUAAAAUUAAAAAAAUCCAAACCCUCUAAAACAAAUUCCUUAGAAUUUGCCUUAAAGCACCUUGGUAUAUGAGGAAUCGCCAAAUACACAAUGAUAUUGGAAUAUCCCUAAUAAAUAUCUGGAUUAAAACCCAAUUUAAAAACUUUCACGCCAAGCUGAAAGACUCGGACGGAGCCGGCCAUUACUAACUAAGAAAGAAAACCCAAAAUAGGCGACUGCGACCUCGACUGCCCCAAGACAUUCUCCUAUCAGCCACUGAAGAGCUCUCAUCGGAAGAUGAAGAAUAAACCAACAAAUAAUGUCAAACCUAACUAUGAAUUAUUAUAGCACUGUAAUCACUAACAUAAAUGUAAAUAUUAAAUUGUAAUCGUAAUUGUAAUGCGUAAUGUAUCGUACUUGUAAUAGCACC